ACAUCUUCUAUUGUAAAAUAAAAAAAAAACACAAUAAAUGGCUUUAACACCUCAUUCUUCAACUUCUUUUAUCAAUAUAACAGAAACCAAAGGUAUUAAAACACCUGAUGAUUUCUUAGGCAUGGUUUCGUUUGCACUAACGAAGCCAUCUUGUCGUCUCAUGAUAACAAAGAGUUCCAUGCAAGAAGCUCAACUCUCUCAUGAGAGAGUUAUCGGUAAUGAGGAAAGGGAAAAACUUCAUGUCCUAACAACUACUCACAGUAAUAUUAAUAGUAGUACAAAGGUACCUGUUUUUGUGAUGUUGCCACUUGACACCAUAACCAUGGGAGGGAACUUGAACAAACCACGAGCGAUGCACGUGAGUUUAAUGGCGUUGAAAAGUGCUGGAGUUGAAGGAGUAAUGGUAGAUGCUUGGUGGGGUUUGGUUGAAAAAGAUGGACCUUUGAAAUAUAACUGGGAAGGUUAUGCUGAACUUGUUAAGAUGUGCAAAGAACAUGGCUUGAAACUUCAAGUUGUCAUGUCUUUUCAUCAGUGCGGUGGAAAUGUUGGAGACUCUUGCAGUAUUCCUCUACCUCCAUGGGUACUUGAAGAUAUCGGGAAGAAUCCAGAUCUUGUCUACACAGAUAGAUCAGGAAGGAGAAAUCCCGAGUAUAUUUCCUUAGGUUGUGAUAUGUUACCAGUACUCAAAGGAAGAACACCCAUUCAGGUAUACACUGACUAUAUGAGGAGCUUCAGAGAAAGAUUCAGCCAUUACUUGGGAGAUGUCAUAGUGGAGAUUCAAGUGGGAUUGGGUCCGUGUGGGGAGCUAAGAUAUCCAUCCUACCCAGAAAGCAAUGGUACUUGGAGAUUUCCUGGAAUUGGAGAAUUCCAGAACUAUGACAAGUACAUGAGAGCUUCAUUGGCAGCAUCUGCCAAUGCGGCGGGAAAGGAUGACUGGGGCCAGGGAGGGCCUCAUGACUCAGGACAGUACAACCAAUUUCCUGAAGAUACUGGAUUUUUCCAAAGAGAUGGAACAUGGAAUAGUGAAUAUGGAAAGUUCUUCCUAGAGUGGUAUUCAGGAAAGCUACUGGAGCAUGGCGACAGGAUCCUAGGAGCAGCAGAAAGUAUAUACCAAGGAACUGGGGCUAAACUAUCUGGAAAGGUAGCUGGAAUUCAUUGGCAUUACAAUACCAGAUCACAUGCUGCAGCAGAGUUAACAGCAGGAUACUACAAUACGAGAGACACAAAUGGCUAUCUACCUAUAUCACGUAUGUUCGGGAAACAUCAUGUUGUAUUUAACUUUACAUGUAUGGAAAUGAGGGAUGGUGAACAGCCCCAGAGUGCAAAUUGCUCACCAGAAGGCUUAGUUCGACAAGUAAAAAAAGCAACUAGAACUUCUGAAGUAGAACUUGCUGGAGAGAAUGCUCUAGAGAGGUACGAUGAAGGAGCAUAUUCUCAGGUUUUGGCAACAAGCAGGUCAGAUUCUGGAAAUGCAUUGAGCGCAUUUACAUUCCUGAGAAUGAACAAACGGUUGUUUGAGCCAGAAAAUUGGCAGAAUUUAGGGCAAUUCGUGAAAAGCAUGUCAGGAGGAGGCCGAAAUGCUAGACGUCCAGAGUGUGACUCAAGCAGGACAGACCUCUAUGUAGGAUUUAUCAAAAAGACUCAUUCUAUGAAAGUUAAAGAGAUAGCACUAGUGUAAAGAUAUGCAUAUGUAUAGAGGUAAUAUGGUCAUCCCAUUGUAGAAUAGCAGAGAACAGUGGCAAAAAGUAUUAAAUUUCCAUUACUCAUAGCACCUAAAAGAGUCCACAAGAAUUUGAGCCUGUGUCUGAAACUAAACUAUAGACGACAAGAAAAAGAAGCUGUGUGUCAGUCUUUCCUAUUUUGGUCCAGAGAUUGCAAAGCUCCGGGUCAUUGGGAUGAUGAGACAGUAUCAUACGAGGAUUUGAAUGAGCAUGUU